CGUUUUAGAUAAAAUGGGAAAGAAGGAUAAAGAGAAGAAGAAGAAGGGGUUAGGAGCAGAGAAAACUGCGGAAAAGACAGAAAAGAAAUUAAAACUAAAAUCCAAAAAGGACUUGGCGGCCAAAGGAGAGGAUGAUAUAGAAAAGAUAGUUAAACAAAUAGAAGCAGAAGAGAAAAAAAGAAAAGAAGUAAAGGAGUUGACAGUUCAACCACCUUCUCACAGGAGCAAUUUCUCAAUGACGGCACAUCCGGAUAAUCCUGAAAUAGUUUUCUUUGGCGGAGAAUAUUACAACGGAAGUAAAACUCAGAUGUUCAGUGAUCUGUUGAUUUAUAACACAAAGAGGAGUUCUUGGACCCAGAUACAAUCCCCUGCCGGACCCCCUCCUAGAAGUGCACAUCAGGCUGCUAUUGUAUCCCAAGGUGGUGGACAACUAUAUAUAUUUGGAGGAGAAUACACAAGUCCUACAGAAUCACAAUUCUAUCAUCAUAAGGAUUUGUGGUGUUAUCAUUUUUCUUCUAAACGAUGGGAGAAGAUUGAGGCUGCAGGUGGACCCUCUGGUCGGAGCGGACACAGGAUGGUCGUCUUCAAACAUUUCCUCGUCGUUUUUGGAGGAUUUCAUGAUAAUCUCAGGGAUUCUAAAUAUUUUAACGACGUAUAUUCCUUCGACUUAAACAACAGAAUUUGGAAGAAACUUGAAACCAUCGGAGCCGGACCCACCCCAAGGUCCGCUUGUCAGAUGUUCUUAACCCUCGAUGGAAGGAAAUUGAUUAAUCCAAACAUAAUUUCACGGCCGGAGGGGGGAAGAAGGAUAUGUAGGCCGGAGGGGGAGGGAAUGACCCACACAGACAUGUUCCUUCUGAGUGUAGACAAACAUGAUGAAACCUUCAGUAAAUGGAGAUGGCAAGUUGUUAAACAAGUUGGAAAUCGUCCUAGCAUGAGAACAGGACUAGCUUCAGCCUUAGCUAAAGACAGGGUGUUCAUGUUUGGCGGGGUCCAGGACAAGGAGGACGAAAGCGAGGACGAGGAAAGUGAUGAAGAGGACAGUGGGAACUUCUUUAAUGAGCUGUACACUGUUCAAGUCGAGGGGGAGAGGGCAACCUGGCAUCUUGUAACAUUAACAGGAAAGAAGGAACCUACUGAGAAGAAGAGUAGAAGGAAGGAUAAGGAAGGUGUGGGAGAAGAAGAGGAGGUGGAGAAAAUGGAAUCUAUGGUGCUCGACGGCGAAGAGGAGGAAAACAAGCAAGGGCCUACAACUCUUACUGUAGAAUCAGGAGCCUUUACUAUUUCGAGUACUAUCGGCACGAUGGAGACUGGAGAGAAGAGUAAGGAAGGGGUUCCCGUCAAUAAAGAUGUAUUUACCCCUAGUCCUCGUUUCAGUUCAGGUCUGGUAUAUAAGUCUGGUAUCCUCUACCUGUUUGGCGGUAUCUGGGAAGAUGGAGAGAAGGAUCUAACGCUAAAGGAUUUCUACAGUUUGGAUUCUGUAAAGUUAGAUACAUGGAACACAAUCAUAGAAAGCGAUAUACAGUCUAUGGAAUGGUUUGGAUCUGAUUCUAAGGAUGAUGAAGAUGAUGACGAGGAUGAGGAUGGGAUGGACACGGAUUAAUUUUUUACAAAAUUGCAUUUUUUAUAAAUUCAUACAGAAAA